AUCAAAACGGUAUAUAGGAGGACUUCCCAAGAUCUGAAGUCAACAUCGAAUCAGACACUAUGCUUGGAUCUAUAAUACAUCAUCUUAGGGACAUUUUCACUAAACAUACUGAGGAUCGUUUUUCAGUGAUGUGUUCCUCAGUCACAACCAUACGGGAUAUACCUCACGUGUAUGGCCAAGAAGCGCUUGAUCAGCUGUUGUACAUCGACAAGUACCUAGGAAUUGGCUAUGGACCCAACGAUGAACCGUACUUGAAACUCGUUGGUUGCUAUGGUCAGCCGCCUGAACGCAGACGCACUCAUUGGUCACGCUCGUUCUUUAACCAAUGGAGUUUGCCCCGCAGCAUGUUGAGCUAUCUGGUGCCUGUCGAUGAGCAAGAGUAUAUGGAGAAACGCUAUGGUUUCAAUUGGUCCCGGGUAACAGUCGAGGCGAGGCUCAUUUCGAUCCCUACAUGCAGAGCCCAUUGGACCAUGACUCUCGCGGAGAAGGGAAGGAGUCUCAACAUAUCUUAUGAGAUUGGAGGACACCGAUACUACGAGGAUUCUAUUUAUCGGAACUUCAAUGCUCUGGCUGUCUUUGAGGCUGAUAAUUGCUCAGUAUACAAAUUAUCUGAACAUGUGUGGAUUCCGGAGCAUACGAAGCAGACGGACACUUGUUCUUGUGUCGAUUGGUUCUUUCUCAACCUUUUUCGGUUCAGUGUAAAUGGCUUCCUUAGUCUUGGUGAUGGACGUGGCAAGGAUCUUUUCAAUUUCUUGCAGCAGAAACGAUAUGAAGUUGUCGGCUCUUCUGGAAGCUGGAUCUGAUGUCAAUACUGCAUAGUUUGAUCAUAUAUAUCAAGCUGUUUCCUUGUCUUUUUCACAUUGGAAACUACUUCUCUA